UAUGAAAAUUAAUGACGUGCAUAAACAUAGGCUAUAACAUUGGUCUAGGUACAGUAGUUAUACCAAGUAUCAACUUGUGUAAGCUACUUAUCAUUUAGUUACAUGUAAGUUUUUUAUCAUGUAAUGGCCUUACUGAGACACACGCGUCAGGCUUAGGUACCUUAGCUACCUGAUAACUAACUCAACCUGGGGGAAUCGUGGGGAUUUAUUAUUAACGUUAGAUACCAGGUACCUAAGGUAAGUAGUGAGGAUGGGAGCUUACACUAGACUAAGUAGAGCUCUCAGCCCGCAUUCAUGACUUUAGUAUGAUGUCAAGACAUUUGACGUAUGCGGUUUUGGAGAUUUACGGAUUAGGCAAGCCGGCUAGGAACUCUCAUAAUACAUAGAUAUGUAAAAUUUUAUACAAACUCAUACAGGCCGACUCAAUUUUUCGUUAAGCUAUUAUAGAAAGAAGAAGAAGAAGAAGAAGAAAAGAGAGGCAUUUCAAGAUCCGGAAGUUCCGUUCUCAUAACUCCAACUCCAGCGAACCCUCUUUUUCCCCUUCAUCAUGGGAACCGCUAAGGGUACUACUCUCAACGUCUCCACGAGAGAUGCUGCGGGAUAUCUUCCAAUUGAGUAUUAUGGCAUAAUCGGGAAUAUGAGAACUUGCGCGUUGGUGAGCAUGGAUGGGAGUAUAGAUUUCAUGUGUUGGCCAGACUUUGACUCUCCAUCCGUCUUUUGCCGUCUGCUUGACAAGGAUAAGGGGGGCUACUUUAGCAUAGCGCCCCCUGAGCCCUCAUCGUGUACAACAAAGCAACAGUAUCUCCCGUCAGCUGCUAUUCUACAGACUCGUUACAUUAACGAAGAUGGUGUCGUCGAUGUCGUGGACUUCUUCCCCCGUCCUAAGGAAUCCACUGUCCUGUCCACGAAGAACAAGCAUAAUGCUUAUCGCGAGGCUAAAAGUGUAUACAAGGAGCUGAAGAAAUGGCUCGUUCGGCGGGUCGAGUGCAUUCGCGGUAAAAUGUCGUUAGAUGUAGGCGUCUUCCCGGCAUUCGACUACGCAAGGGAACCUCAUACUACUACUAUACUUCACAAUGUCUCGGGAGUUGACAGUUUCGAAAGCAAGACGGUUACCUUCCACAGCAAGAGUCUGAAACUUCAGCUCGACGUCACUAUCGACUAUGGCGGCGGAGACUCGGAUACUAGCCCAACCCUUCUCUUCGAAAAGGUACAGAAAGAGGGCAUGAAGGGCGAGGGAGUCGUUGCCAACUUUACUUUGCAAGAGGGCCAAGCAAUCUCGUUCGUCAUUCGAGAAGAUAUACCGAACCAUGUUACGGAGAACAUCACAAGUUCGAUCCUCGACGCGCGGCAACACGACACGCAGUCAUUUUGGUUGAAUUGGCUAUCUAAGAGCAGUUACAAGGGCGCCUGGCGCGAGGUUGUCAUGCGAAGUUUCAUGAUACUGAAAUUACUAACCUACGAACCCACCGGGGCCAUAGUGGCGGCUCCUACGUUCUCGAUACCCGAAGCUAUCGGUGGAGUCCGGAAUUGGGACUACCGCUUCUCCUGGGUCCGAGACUCCAGCUUCACUAUCUACAUCUUCCUGCGGAUGGGGUUCACGCAAGAGGCGGACGCGUAUAUGGAGUUCAUAAGCGAAAUAUUGAAAAAGACUACGGCGGAGGGCCGCGAUCUGCCUAUCAUGUUUACCAUAAGGGGCGAGACCGAUCUACCCGAAGAAGAACUUGACCAUUUGGAUGGCUACAAAGGUAGCCGACCAGUACGGAUCGGCAACGGAGCCGUAUUCCACAAGCAAUUUGAUACGUAUGGCGAGCUCAUGGACGCUAUCUAUCUUUACAAUAAGUACGGAAAGCCCAUAUCGUGGGAUACUUGGGUAUCGGUUCGCAAAAUGCUUGAUCACGUCUUGACAAUACUCGACGAACCGGAUAUGUCGAUAUGGGAAGUCCGCAACAACAAGCAGCACUUCGUCUACUCAAAAGUCAUGCUCUGGGUAGCCCUAGACCGAGGUAUUCGCCUCGCCGAAAAGCGAUGUCUUCCGUGCCCCAACCGCGCGAAGUGGCAAGACGCCCGAGACGCCAUCUGCGAGGAGGUUAUGGAGAAAGGUUACAACACCGAAAUGGAUAGUUUCAUCCAAAGCUACGAACACAACACGAUUCUGGACUCCUCGAUCCUCAUCGCGCCGCUCGUCUUCUUCAUCGCGCCCAACGACCCGCGCUUCCUCAACACCGUCGACAAGAUCCUCCUCCCGCCUGAUAAAGGCGGUCUGACGAGCGCGGGGCUGGUCUCCCGGUAUAACACGGAGCUUGCCGAAGACGGCGUCGGCGGGCACGAAGGCGCGUUCAGCAUGUGCACGUUCUGGCUGGUGGAGGCGCUGACGCGCGCGUCGGCGUACGAGUCCGGGUACCUGGCGCGGGCGGUCAACCUGUUCGAGAACAUGCUCAGCUUCUCGAACCACCUGUCCAUGUUCUCGGAGGAGAUCGCCCGCAGCGGCGAGCAGCUGGGCAACACCCCGCAGGCCUUCAGCCACCUCGCCCUCAUCAGCGCCGCCUUCAACCUCGACCGCGCGAGGGGGUACGCUAGGAGGUGAGUACCGAAGGAGGCGCCCGAGGAGAUGCGGAAGGAGGGGAAGGGAUUGGAAUGGAAAGGGAAGGGAAGGGAAGGGAAGGGAAGAAGGGAUCGAUCGCGCGUGGUCGUGGUUACUUGCGUCGGGCUGUUACUGGCGCUGCUGCGGUAAAUCGAUCACCUGAGGGAGAUGGGGGGAGCGGGGAGCGUCGUACUACACGCGCGGUGCAUUGUGCCGGAGAAUAGGGGCUAGCUAUACCGAAGUCCAAUACGCCUAAGUAGCUGUCACCGAGGCUGUACUUGAAAGAAGAGAAAAAAAA